GCACGGCGGGGUGGGAGCGACCAGGAAGAAGGAAGCGAGGGAAGGAAGCCGGCCCAGCAGCAGCCAGAGCGGCCGAAGCAGAACCCGCCGGCGCGUCUGAAGAAGGCGCCAUGACCACGACCAAGAAGGGCGGGCGCCGCCGCAUGAAGCAGAUGCAGGGGCUGCUGCUGCUCUCGCGCCUGGACGAGUCGCCGCGCCGCCACCAGUCGGGCAAGAUCAAGCCGCAGCGCGUGACGGUGGUGCUGCAGCCGCAGCUGCUGGAGCUCGUGUACUCGUCGCUGGCCGAUCAGGACAUGCUGCACCCGCUGGGGCGCAUCGACCUGCGCGACGCCAAGCUGGAGCAGGUCCCGGACGGCUUCAUCAUCUACGAGGCAGGCUCGGGGCUCCACAAGAAGGUCAAGCUGCAAGACAAGGACAAGGCCACGACCGACGCCUGGUUCUUCGCCGUCUACACGGCCAUCACGGAGUGCGAGCGCCUCCCGAUCAGCGCCAGCGAAGACGUCGGACACAAGUUCUCGGCCGUGCUGACGUCCAGCAUGCGCGACGAGCACACGGAGUCAGUGGAGUUCGAGUUGUCGUGUCAAUUGGUGCUGCCAGCACGCCCGAUCGACAAGCCGAGCAUCAAGUGGAAGGUCUGGAAGACCUUCUCGGAGCUCCAGGUUUUUGACGACGAGCUGCGUGUGUCGUUCGGUGCACACAUGACGCAGAUUGCGUUCCCUAGGGACCGCAAGCGCGAUUCACUUUUCGGAGGCAUGCGUAAGAAGUCUUUGCAGGAACUGAAGGAGCAGCAACUUGCGCUCUACGUUGAGCAGGUGUUUCAAAUGCCAGAGAUUUCCACCGAGCCUGUUUUGGUGGGCAAAGUGAAGCAAUUCCUCGGCUUCGACUCUUUCUUCGAGAUCGUUUCAUCCUCAUCAGGCGAAGAAGACGAGGAUAACAACGAAACCUCGGUUGCGCCUCCGAAUGGCGAUUAUUUGCCGGCCCCGCAACAGCCGAAGUUUGCUGAGGCUGUUGAGACCAGUGAAGCAUCAGAGCCGCCAGUUUUUGAGGGGCAUCAAGAUGUUGGCCAGCCGGCUGCUGAGCCGUUAAGCAACGAAUCCUACGCACCAUCCAGCCAAUAUUCAAGUACGGAGUCCAGCAGCGCACCACCUGCACUACUGAGAAGGACAAGCUCAGCAGCUCUAGAAGCCGAGGGCGAGGAGUAUGUGGAAGUUGUACCUGAGACCGACCCCAAGGCUGCGAAAAAGCUUCACAAGAAGAUCAUUGAGACAGUCCGCGAACUGGUUUCCUAUGACGAAGAGCGUGUACAUGAUUUUCAAGACCAGACGAAAGAUUUUGGCAGAGACAAGACGUCCGCGAUGGAGUAUUGUGCCUUCCUUCUUGGAGCAGUUGGCGCUCAGGAGUGCUGCAAGCUCAUCCCGGAGAUGGCGAGACUUCUUCCUGACGCGGUGAAAAGGGAUGAACUGAUGCAGGCUCGAGCUGCUAUCUGGAGAAGAACUCACAGGCGAAACCGUAGACGCUCGAAGCAGUUUUCAGAGACCGUCGUCAUGCAAAAGCAAAAGGAGGAGCAGCAACAGGUGGAGAAUGUGCACAGCAGAAUGCGCCCCAAGUCCGACAGUCUCAGUGCGUUGAACUGGGGUUCGGAACACGUACAGCCUCUGCAAAUAUCGAGUCGCAGCUCAAUGGUCGAAAGACCUACACCGGUUAUUGACGAGUUCCACACCAAGCCGGAAAACAGUGCCCCCGCUAUCCCAGCGCACCGUGCCGGACUAGCUGAUCCACGACGCCAUCUCAACCGACGAGCUUCGUUCAACACCAUGUUCGGCGAAACAGUGCAAACGGACGUGAUCAAAGAGGAAAACCCGGCGGAGAACGAGUCGAGUGAUGACGACAGCGACGAUAGUCUACUGGAUCAUCCACGCACGGUCAGCAAGGAGUCACCUUCUAUCGACAGAACGUCGUCGCAGAACGGUAACUCGUGGGCAAUGCCUUUGGGACUCGGACGUCGCAACUCGUCGUUCCUCGAUGAGGAUGACGACGAAAGCACCGAAGAUGACGAAGAAAACCACCAGUCGGGUCGUUCUCACCGUUAUCGCCACCGCCAGCAAAGCGGUAGCGGCAGUGGCAGUCUCGAGAGAAGGUCUGUGAAGGAAAGACCGUCGUCUCGUGGGAGUCUGCCGCGAUCUCGAUCUCGCCAAAGCUCGUCGUUUAUCGAGGAGAGCGACGAAGAGCGCAGCGGUGGUGAAGAGGAAAAUAGCCACACGCGAUUCCGUCGGAGCCAACGCCGCGCCAGCCGCAAGUUUGACGAGGAAGCGAAGUCUGGUCUGGCACCUGAAGAGGAGAACCCCGUGCUGGCUCGCCUCAAGAAGCAGGGUGCUAUAAAUUUUAUGGUGCAGCUUCGCUAA